AUGUAUACCUACACACCCACCCACCGUUUCUUGGUCCUCUCUGCCACUGAGUCUCGCCCCUACAACCCUGCCAACAAGUUCCUCGUCUUGUCUCCCAUUGAAUUUGGCCCGGAUCCCCGCGUCUGGGAAGACGAGUCCCAGAUUGAGACCAGCUCAAUUGAGGAAAGCCCUGUGUUGGCUCCUGUCAGCCGUGCCCGCACCAAUAGCUCUCUUUCUACCAACUCUUCAGCCUCCCUCAAUGACCUUACUGCCACUCUUCCUAGUGGCUUCCUCUACCUUGGUCAUGGCAAGAAGCAGCACUAG